UCGUUCGUUCAGACGAAUUGCGCCAAGAUGAGUCUGGGUCUGCACUACUACGAGGACUUCGUCGCGAUUGUGCCGAUCGUCACUCACACCAGCUUCCACAUUCCCCUCAACAUCCUGACCUGUCUCUUCGUCAUCCCGGCCAUCGCCGUCAGUCUCAUUCGGCUCAAUGUUUACCUGCGUAUCCUCAGCACCAACCCGGGUGUGUUCGAAAUCAUCCAAGUGCUGUCUCUUGAAAGGCAUUGUCUCGCACCAAGAGGUCAAGUUCGACAGUUUCCGCGAAAUCGCAGACUCGCCACUGGACAUAUUCAUCAACCGCAAUUACAUUCGAUAUCUGCCGGAAGACAGUUCCGAAACGCUGAUGAUCAAGUCUCGGAUCCGACAAAUCAACGACAUCUACAUCAGCUGCAUCCAGAAGCUUAAAACCCGUUCGGUUAUCUGCCUCACAUCGCAGAUCUACGCGGAGUACCUGACGGAAAUUCAGCUGGACAACGACGGCAGUCGCCUCGCCAAAGUCGCCCCGGUGAGCUUCUCUAAAGAGGUGCUGUUCAUUUACACGAAGGACGCCUUUCCCUACUCGAAGAAAUUCCAAGAGGUCUUUCAGAGGGUCUACGAGGCAGGGAUCUGGCCGUCCUCUUUCACUCAUCGAAAGAUGAUGGUCAAUAAUAAUGAAACUAAGGAGAGAAACGUGAUGCUGACGGAAGAGGGACUGAUAUUAUAUUACAUGGGUUUAAUGCUGGUGUUUGUCUGGGAGAUGUUGCUAUAAUCGCUUGUUUAUUUUUUUGCAAUUAAUCGAAUGUUUUAGAAGUGUUGUUCGCUAAAAGGGUUGAAAUUUAAGUUUUCAGUGCCUAAAUGGGUAAGGGUUUGAUGCAUCCGUUUGAAAUACAGUUUUAGAAACAUGAUUGUACGUAUAAAUAAAUAAAAUCAUAAUUAAGAACCAAGA